AUGGUCAUGAUUGUCAUUCACGCUAUUUUGGGUCUCUUUAUCCUGCAGACAUGGGGAAUUCCAGCUCCAUUUUGCGAUUUCAAAGCGGCGAAUCUACCACUUCCUCCAAAGCCGACAGCGGCAUUACCUUCGAUGGCGAAGGCUCAGAUCCAGUUAGAACAGCUGGCUAGGAUUGCCCUUUCUGUUGCUUGUGAGAGCCUCGCCUAUAGACCCCCGAACAGAGACGGAUGUACUUCGCGAACCCUGAGACUUCGUCGGGAUUGGAGAGCGUUUUCUUCUAAGGAGAAGAAAGACUUUAUAAAAUCUGUAUUAUGUUUGCAGAAAAUCCCGUCCCGCACGCCUCCUAGGCUUGCGCUUGGGGCGAAAACAAGAUAUGAUGACUUUGUGGCUACCCACAUCAACCAGACAGGACAAAUCCACUACUCAGGUACCUUUUUAGCCUGGCAUCGAUACUUUAUAUACAAUUUUGAGGAAGCUCUGCGAACGGAGUGUGGCUACACUGGCGAUUAUCCAUUUUGGGACUGGGGCGCUGAUGUCAAUGCCAUGGAAACUUCCCCAAUAUUCGAUGGGAGUGAUACGUCAAUGUCCGGCAAUGGAGCGUACAUUCCAAAUCAACCGGGUGUGAUGUUGCCCUUGAAGGGUUAUGCGCCAAUUUAUCUUCCUAGGGGCAGCGGAGGUGGCUGUGUAACUACUGGUCCAUUCAAAAACUACCAGCUCAAUUUAGGCCCGGCUUCAUUGCUUGUUCCAGGCGGCAACGUGAGUACAACGGCCAAUCCUCUCAAUCACAAUCCGCGUUGUUUGAAACGGGAUCUGACAUCUGCAAUAUUGCAAAAAUGGAACAACUACACCGCAAUUGUAGAGCUAAUUCUCAAUAACAAUGACAUAUGGAGCUUUCAGAUGGCCAUGCAGGGAAUGCCAGGUUCUGGAUCCAUUGGUGUCCAUGGUGGUGGCCAUUAUGCGAUAGGCGGCGAUCCAGGGCGCGACGGCUUUGUAAGUCCCGGCGACCCAGCAUUCUGGCAGCACCAUGGCAUGAUCGAUCGCAUUUGGUGGAUCUGGCAGAAUUUGGAUUUGAAAUCUCGUCAAAAUGCCAUCUCGGGAACCGAAACUUUCUUGAAUCAGCCCGUCUCUGCUAACACUACUCUGGAUACUUUUAUCAACAUAGGCUAUGCAAACGGUGGUCCUGUUGCCAUGGGGGAUCUAAUGAGCACAAUUGAUAGCGCAUUUUGUUAUGUCUAUGUAUGA